CCACCCUCCUGAACAUGCCACAGAUAUUAUGUCGUCGUCAUCGUCGUUGUUGUUGUUGUUGUCGUUGUUGUUUUAAUGAUUAUGAGUACACAUUACUAAUUAAGAUUUUCUUGCUGAUAUUAUCAAAUUUGGCAAACUUGUGUUUACAGUUGCAGCUACAAUAUAAAACUGAAGUUCAGUUCAAAGUCCUGUUGCUAGUCUGACUGUUUUUUUUAUUUUGCACUGCUGACAACUGCAGCAAAGGUUAAAAUUAAGUUGAUAACAAAAUCAGACAAUGUUCAACAAGACUUAUGUGUAAAAAAAAAUGCAAAGCUGCCGUCGAUCGAUUGAGGCGGGGACACAAGGGUCCCGGGCCCCCAAACAUUUGGUCUGAUUGUCAAGAUCUACUGGAUCAUGGAUAUGACCGGAAUGGAACAUACCAGAUACGACCGAACAACACCCGAGAUCAUUUUCCGGUUCUGUGCGAGUUUUCACAUCACAAAGCUUGGAACUUGAUACAGAAGCGGGUUGGCGGUUUUGUCGAUUUCUACAAAAACUGGGAGGACUACAAAAAUGGAUUCGGGAAUUUGGCCGGAGAAUUUUGGCUAGGAAAUGAAAAGAUUCACUUAAUCACGAACCAAGCGUCAUACAAACUUGGGAUUGAUAUGUGGGAUUGGAGGGACAUGAACGACCCCAAAGAUGUGAGCAGAUACUAUUUCUCCGAGAGUGCCUUUUUCCGUAUUGAUAAUGAAUCUAUGUUUUACCAACUUCACGUACCAGAAGAUUAUUACGAGUACAGUGGGUUUGGUGGAAGUGGCCUCCGGGUGCACGCCGGGUCUUUUGUCACGUGGGAUAAAAUGCCCCCGGAAAUGCGUGUAAACUGUGCUGUCCAGUUCCACUGCGGAUGGUGGUUUUCGACCUGUGUCCGAAAUGCUAAUUUUAAUGGACGUUACUAUAAUGGUGGGUAUAAAGAUCCACAAAAGCGAACAAGAGCACCAGAUGACAUUUACUGGCCAAACAUUGAUCAGUCACUUAGAAAAGUUAUUUUAAAAUUGCAACGGAAUGAUUAGAUGACGCCAUUAGCACGUUGGAUGUAGACAUGGUUAUGUAGGCCGUAGGAACCGGAACCCCCCCCCCCCCCCCCCCCCCACCACACACACACACGCUUAACUAGAGAUAGUAGCCCCUUAUACACAUUCAAAACAUCGUUCUUACGGGCCUCUGGGAAUCACUAGAUCCCAUAGACGAUUAAAAUUGAAGUUUCUAAUUUGUUUGAUAGGUGGAACACUUGAAACCUACAUUAAAUUCAGUGACCCUAGUUGCCUUCUUCUACAUGUACAUACCUUUUCUGUGUAGUAUAAAAAUGUAUUUUCAGCUAUUACGAACACCAGGACGAUCAAAAACAUAAUUUAAGCAUACAUUUCAAAGGAAAACCAAACUGCAUUAGCUGAUGAUAUUUUACCCUGCCUACCUAAUAAUUAGAUUGAACAAAGACAUUAACUUCAUUACCCAUGCAAUAAAACGUUAACGGUGCGGGAUCCCGAAUAUAUUUGACCUCCCAUUACUGAUUGAAGAAGGCAUCACGUUUAGCUUUUUGCUAAGGAAUCAAGAUGGUUGGCAUCUCUUUUUAUUAUGAAGUUUUAAGAUGUAAUUGCAGGAUCUCAGGAAAUCUAACUUAUUUGGGAAGCAUGUAGCGCAAUCAUACAACUUGAACCAACGCAUUCUUUCGUUUUUUGACACCCAAUAGCCGAUGUAUUUUUCGUGCUGGGGUGUCAUUAAACAUUCAUUCAUUUCUUUCAACUAAAACACUUGACAAGCAUAAUCCGAUUAGUUUUAACUUCAGAACCUCCUAGAAAGGCUACUAUAACAUAUUUAUUGUGCACUUGACAACGGGAUCAAUAAUGCUAUAUAGAGCUCUGUAAUUAUAUGAAGGGUCCAUUGGAAUAACCUGUUAUGUCACAUUUUUAGUAAGGUGAUCGUGGAAUAUUUAUGCCUAAGAAAGCAUCAUUUACCAACUACUUUUAAUGGCCUACCAGAAUUAUAGGUUUUUAAUAUAGUGUGUCAUUGUGACCUUGGCAUACACGACCGUUAUAAUACUAUCUGUUUGGACAUCAUAGGUUAUUCCCGUGGACCCAUCAUAUAGUUGUGAUUCUUAUUUCUUAAUCAGAUAUUUAUAAACAUGGCACAAAGGGGAUGCAAGCUGUACCUAAAAAUACUCUGUAUUCGAUACUGGAGUCCUGAACAUAUGGUGCUAGAAGUGCUGUGCUCAGAAGAAGUGUCAUCGGUUGCAUACAAGUGUUCAUUUAACACAUUGCAUUUUAUCUUGUUAAUAUAACAGUAUUAACACAUUAUAAAGUUAUUAUACAUGUAUGUAUAUACAGUAUUCUGUUGAAACAUUAAAAUUGUCAUGCAUUCUUGUGUUAACGGUA